UGAACCUUUUUCAGAACCUAACUUUUUUAUAGUCAUAAGUUUGCUAUAUUAUAAUUCUCUUUGUUUGCUACUCCCUUUCUGCCAUUUACAAAAUGCCAAAGUUACGAUUUGGAUAAAAAUGCAUAAAUUACAAAAUUAAAUAUGUACAAAAAUAAAUGUAUACAAAAUAUAUACAAAAAGUUAAUUCAAUACCGUAUUAUAUACAAAUAAAUACAAAACAACUAGUCUAUCAAAAUGUUCCGCGGGGUUUGUAAUCGUCUUGUUUCUUUGGGGUCGGCAGUAGUGGAACAGAAGGCGAGGUAUCAAAACUUCGUCAUGUCGGAGGCGCUGGCGCAAAUCGAGAGGGAGUGUGAGAAAUUUUGCCCAGUACCCAGAUUUCCGCCACGUAAGGUGGCAGUAGUGGGCGCGGGGAGCGACGUCGGGCGUAUCGCUUGCCUGUUCCUGAAGCAGCAGAAGGUCAUCCGCACCCUGGCGAUGUAUGACGACAUCCCGGAGCGCUGCGUUCUCGGCGUGGCCAAUGACCUCGCGCAUAUCGACACUGCCACUGCGGUCGAGGCGUAUCAGGGACGUGUGUUCCUGAAGGAUGCACUGCAUAACUCGGACGUGGUGCUGAUAUGUGGCGGAUGCUAUGUGCUGCCGCCGUGCUGCAAUAUCGUGGACCGCGAGCUGUUCCUCCAGAAUAUGCCGCUCGUGCGUACAGUCACUCUGGCGUGUGCGCAGUUCUGCCCAUACGCAGUCAUCGCUGUCCAAACUCCGCCUGUGGACUGCAACUUUGCACUUUGCGUACAUACAUUAAAAAUGGCGCGCGCGUAUGACAAACGUCGCGUGCUCGGCGUGAACGCGAUCAACGCGAUGCGCGCCAACCAGCUGUUCUGCGCGAUCACGGGCGCGGAUCCGCUGGCCAGCAACACGCCCGUGGUAGGCGGCACGGGCCGAUGCACCCGCGUGCCCGUGUUCUCCGCCGCCAAGGCUGGCAAUAUACCGCAGUCGCAAGUGGACUGUCUGACGCGGCUAGUGCGGGAGGCGGACGACAUCAUCUGCCGCGUGAAGAGUAACAAUGAGCAGGGACACCUCUCUAUCGGUUUCUCCACGGCAAGAUUUGUUAUCAACAUUAUGAAAGGUCUAUUUGAGGGUCCCACGUUCAUUGACAGCGCGUUAGUCGAGCAGGGGGAUCCGCAGAAGUGUUACGGUAUGGAUGUGUGCGCCACGCCUAUCACCGUGGGCAGGGGAGGUAUCGUGGAGUACGCCAUCCCGAACCUUAACGACUCUGAACGCAGACUGCUGGAGGAUUGCAAGUGUGAUCUCGAAGACAUGUUAAACCUGGGCCGGUGUUAUGCAGUAGGUGAUGAGUAUUACCUUCAUCCGUGUAAGGUGUGUCCUUGCUGUGUUCCGCCGGUCUGCGAAGAUUGUCGUCCUUGCGAGCUGGAGACUGGAGGGAGCGAUAGGAGAAAGUAGUUUAGACAGUCCCGAAUAGACUUAUAGAAGAGACUAGGUUUACACUAAAUAAUAAAUAUGUCUUGAACUGCAAUGUACGAUGACUACAAUUAAAAUGUUUGUUUUAUA